AUGUUUAUUACACUACCAAUUCAACUCCUUCUCCUCACCUCAACCCCAUUUCUGACUCAAGCCCAAAAUUCCACUGAAGCGGUCCUUGUUCGCGUGAAGCGCCAGUUUGACUACGGUCCAGAUCCCUUCCAUUCCCUCGGUGGAGUUAAUGAGGAUGGCAAAGCAAGAGCACCUCUGGCCUUGGAGCUGACCUACAACCUCACCCUAACCAACGGCCCCAAGGGGAGGUGUGGGGUUUGCGCGAGGACCUACCGAGUGCUUAGGAACUUGCAGCACAAGCCAAGCGUUGAAUGUCAUCGGUAUUCGGACAGUCGGCAAGCUGCUCUCGGAGACCUAACCGAAUUCUACCACACGCUUUACCGCAGCCGAAAGCAGAAAGAUACGAUAACUUUCAUGCUUAGCGAUUCCUUCCCCGAGUUUUCUUUGGCGGCCAGUUUCAUAAACUCAAAUCCGAGCUCUCCACCCUUCCUGAUGAUCGAAGCGGCCAAAUCGGCUGAGCAAGCACUGUGCGUCCAAUCACACCGAUGCCCCGAGCCGCCGACCACCACGACUUCCACCACUACAACCACCACGACUACGUCAACGACUACCUCACCCAGGUCACCCGCAAUGGCCUCCAUGCCAGUAAUCCCAGCUCCCCUAAUCCCUGCUGCAGGCGAUAAAACCGGCGACAAGUCGAUGAACGGUGAACCGUCGCAAAAACAGCCACCCAACUUCUGGGACGCAGUCAUGGCUAACAGCUCCCCUCGAAUUUGGGUUAUCGCUACAGUGGUAUUAGCCUGCGUCUCCCUCGUCCUCCUAAUCAUUCUAGUAUGCACCUGCAUUUGGAUCUGUCGUACGAAGCGGAGUUUUCGUCGGAAGCGAUGUCGCGGCACCUGUCGGUUCGGUUGCAAAUGCACACCAGACACAAUUCGUCAGGCAGCUGCUGAUGCAGCAGUUUGUGGGCCAAUCAGCGGCCUAGGAAAUGGCUCCGUCCUUACCUACCCCAGUGUUGGGCGUUCCUGGGGACUUUCGCCCAGUACAAAGGCGCCCUUCAAUCCACUCUAUGUUUCCCUGGCUGCGAAUGAAAAGAUGCUAGCUGCUCAGGGUUCUGGAACGCCGCCAUCGCAGCAGAUGUACCCGUCGGGUCAACCGUGCCCUGGGGAUAACUGGCCGCAGUACCAAAUGUCAUUCCAAAAGGGGACAGUCCCAAAAGAUCCCAUGUGGCGCAGCCACAGUGACGGAUCCUCUCUGUCAGACCAUACCGUCCCUUCGGGAGUAGGAAGUGGACCAUCUGCUCUACGAAACCAGCCCUCAAGGUCGUCCGGUCACCACACCGCUGCUUACCCAUUCAACGCUAAUCCUUCAAGUGCCACGGCAAGUACGUGUAUGCAGAGCUACGUGGGAGCCGUCUCUGGACAGGGCGACCCUGGAACAGUUGAUGGGCAUCCAGGAAGUCCCGUACGCUUUGAAGACGGACAGGGUUCUGGACAGAAUGGAUUCGAUCACAAUGGCAUCACUACACAGCCGGUUGAACUGCGUGGCAUAAAUGGUGGGCUGUAUGAUCAAAGCACAGGGGACAUGGGGGAUACGUUUGCGCAACACAGUGAAUUAACGAGCAUCACCCCUCCAGCCGGUUUUUACGACCUUAACGGAAAACCAACGACCUCCUCGAAGCUGGACCAGUCGUGGACUUACGGCGGUCACUUACAGCAGUCUUCCUUCGCGCCGUCGAGUAAUCAAGGGAAUCUGAGUGGUGCAGUCAAAGUUCUGCCGAAUGACGCCUUAAUGGUGACCAAACAGUCAGCCUUGAACGCCGGCAGCGUUCCUAGCAAUUCUCCAGGCGACUACAAACGACGCAAUGGCUACCUUAACGGCAAUGAGGGGCCCCUUGAGGACACCUCUAUGCGUCGGGCAGGAGGCGGCCUCACGUCGCACAUUCUGUCCCAUCCACUGACUGAGGGUGUGGAACAAAGCUACAGCUAUGAAGGGAAUAGCGACACCCCGCUAAGAGCCUGGACCGACGCGUUGGCGCACUAA